GUCGACUCUUACAUAAUCAUUGGGAAUAAACAAUUAUUGGCCACUAUCGUUUUUAAGCUAAUUAUUAGCUACAUCCAACAAUGUAGAGUAGACUUUUUAGAAAAUAACACAGCACCUAAAUUCACAUAUUUAUUGAUUUCUUAUUACUUAGUAAUAUUCUUUACGUGAAGUGGGUGCUCUUUCAGUUACAAAAAAAAAAAAAAAAAAAGUGGGUGCUCUUCACAUCAUGCAACAUGAACAAAUCGGCAUAUACUUCAUAAUACGUACACACGCCAACAUGUAUUAACUAUAUUACUAUUAUAUAUUAAAACUGUAGUUUAUACACAAACCACAAGUUAGACUUUCAGUUCACAGUUGUUGGCACAAAAUAUCAGUAGUAAAUAAUUAUGCGAAUAUGCAUGAAAAUUGUAAAUUAAUAAUCAACCGACCAAACAUAACACCCUAUUCCAUUCUUCUCACAUAAAUUCAUAGUUGACAAUAUUAACUGAACUCACCGCAUUUGAAAAAUGUAUAUAACACACAUCGUUGAUGUUAGCAUGCUGAUUAAUUUUCCACUUGAUUGAUAUGGUCAUUUUUCUUCUCAUGAAAUUACACGUUUUGGAAUUUGUUUCAAACUAAGAGAAUUGGUCAUUGUCUAGUUAUGCUUCCCCAGUUAUUGUCUCAACUCUCAAGUCUGGUUUUAUAAGUCGUCGUACUCUUACGACUUAUUGGGUGGACUUUAGUUUUUUCUUUCGUAAGUCAUUAGAAAUUAAAUAGAAGAGUAUUUAUGCGCUAAACCAACACGUGCAAAGAGAUGCGUACGUAGACGUAUAAGAAAUAUGCCAAAAAUGAAAAAAAAAUAUAUAUAUAUGCCAAAAAUAUAAAUAAACAAAACAAAAUAAAAAGGAACAAUAUGGGAGUGGAGUAAUGGUAGAGAGAUAGGAAGGCAGAGCCGUAGGUUCCGUGAGAGCCAGGCUUGCACUCUCAUUAAUUUAUACAUUCGUUCACCAUAAGUAACCUCUAAGCCUCUACUUCCAUUUUAUUUUAGUGUUUUUGGCUUAUCAUUUAUAUUUUCUCAACGAUGGUAGAAGAUCACAUAAGAAUAUUCAAAACUAGUUUUGGUAAAUAUAUAGCUCUGGUGUGAAACUUAUAAGGGAUAUACAAUAUAGCAUAUGAUUAGUUAAAAUUGGAUCGUUAUUUGUAUCAGUCACAAGAAUGUUAUAUUGAUCAGUUUCGGUAAUUAACCGAAAGAUGUUAGUCCGCUUCGUAUUUGAAACAUUGGUAUUUAGAUCUCUAACCACAUGUUAUUAUCUUUUUAAGAAGCCACGUGAUUCUUUAGGCAUAACAGAACUAAUCCAAGAAUAGGUUGUUUAUACAGAGUAAAAGAAAGCGAUGUUGAAGAGACAAAUAAUACAUUACUCAAGUUAUUGUCUAAAUUUACACAUAAAAAUUGUAAUAGACAAUAACAGAAGUACUAAAAUUUAAGAGGUUGCUAAAAGACAAGUCCAACAUAUUCCACACACUUGAGAAUGUGUUGUCUCCCUUUGACUCCUCUCCAUAAAUCACUCUCUAUUUAUGUAUGCAUCUCUCCAAUCCACACACAUACAUCUCUCUCCCUUAACACACAUAAACAUCCUAGUUUAUAUAUUUGUAAUCCUCACCAUCUCCAUCUUCAAAUUCAACUCUCUCUAAUUCAUCUUCUAGCUCUUCCCUCUUUAAUUACUUUUUUGAAUCUAUUUAUAUAGCCAAUGGAGACAGCAGAGGAGGCGAUAUCGGCAGCUAAAGAGCAAGCCUUGAUCCUUAAAGGGAAGAGGACUAAGAGGCAGCGUCUGCAGUCCCCAAUCCCUUUCUCUAUCGUCCCUCCUAUGUCUUCUCAAGAACCUGAUGUGGAAGAUGAGUCCACCAGUCUUGUUUCCAAGGAGAAGAGUCUCAAUGAUGAGAUCAACACCAACAAGAAUGAUAACAACAUGUUAAGCAAUGGUGUGACAUCUCCUGCCUCUUCAUCUUCUAACAACAAUGCAACAUUAAAGACCGCCGCUGACGAGGAAGACCAAGACAUGGCUAAUUGUUUGAUCCUCCUCGCCCAAGGUCACUAUACCCCUCAACAACAACCACAACAAACAAGACAGUUUAUGAUGAGUUACCAAGAAUCUGGUAAUAACAAUAACAAUGCGUAUAGAUCUAGCAGCAGAAGGUUUCUCGAGACAUCUAAUGGGACCACGAGUGGAGGCAGAGCCGGUUACUAUGUUUACCAAUGCAAAACGUGUGACCGGACUUUUCCUUCUUUCCAAGCUCUUGGUGGCCAUAGAGCCAGCCACAAGAAGCCUAAAGCCGCAGCGGGUCUUCACUCCGACCAUGACCUCAAGAAGUCUAUCUACAACGACGCCGUUUCUCUUCAUCUCAACAACGUCCCCGCCGCAACUCCUAACAAUAAUAGUAGCCACAGGUCGCUUGUGGUGUACGGCAAAGCGAAUAACAAUAAAGUCCAUGAAUGUGGGAUAUGUGGAGCUGAGUUCACAUCCGGACAAGCCUUAGGUGGUCACAUGAGACGUCAUAGAGGCGCAGUGGUGGCCUCAGCAGCAUCCGCUUCCACCGCAACGGUUAGGGUUGCGGCCACUGCGGGUACAGCAAACACGGCUUUGUCAUUAUCACCUAUGUCGUUUGACCAAAUGUCGGUUCAUCCGGUUCAGGCUCCGGUUAAGAGAGCGAGGAGCGCGGUUGUGUCGUUAGAUUUGGAUCUGAAUCUACCUGCCUCGGAAGAUGUGAAUCGAGUCAACGGAUUAAGCUUUGCUUCAAAGCAAGAACAGGAACAGGAACAUGAACAUGAACAAACACAUCAGAGAGAAGAACAAAAAACUCUUGUUUUGUCUUCCGCUCCUACAUUGGUGGAUUGCCAUUACUAAGUCAAAUAUUUGAUACCAAAAUUCGUUUAUUAAUUUUUUUGAAAUUUUACGCAAAAAUUGAUGAACCAUUUUUUAAGAAAAUUACUGAUUCCUUGCUUGUACAAGAAUUGCAAGAUUCCUUUUUUUGUUUACUUCGUUUCAAAAGAAAACCCUAUCAUUAUACAAAUGCGCAUAUGCAUAAAUGCUAUGUAAUUACAU